GAUAAAGGCGGCUGUCCCACGCUGCUGCCUUGACGGAGAUGGCGUUCCCGGUGGCUGUCCCACGCCCGAGACCCAUCCUCCGUCUGGACCGUCUCCACCUCACCCCCAUCCGCGCCGCCGCGGCAAGAACCCCCGUUCCCCAGCCCCUCCCCGACGAGCUCCAGCUCGUCGCCGACGUCCGCUCCCCGCACAACCACAUCCGCGUCGCUGACGUCUCCCCGCGCGCUGCCGGCCACCCCCUCGCUGGCGCGCGCCUCCUCCUCCUCGACGGCCCGGGCAACAUCCACUCCGUCUCCUUCCCUCGUCGCCCCUACUGCCCCCUCACUUCCACCUAUUUCGACGUCUUCGCCACCCUCCCGCCUCUCCUCCCGCGCCCAUCCCUCGCCGUCCUCGGCUUCGGCGCGGGCUCCGCCGCCCGCGCGCUCCUCCAUUUCUACCCGGACAUAUCCGUCCAUGGCUGGGAACUCGACCCCUCCGUCAUCGCCGUCGCCCGGGACUUCUUCAGCCUCGCGGAGCUCGAAAAGGACCACGCCGGCAGGCUGGUCAUCCACGUCGGCGACGCGCUGGAGGCCGAGGCCGUGCCGGGAGGCUUCGGCGGCGUGCUGGUGGAUCUGUUCGCCAACGGGAGCGUGCUGCCGGAGCUCCAGAAAGCGGACACCUGGCGCCAGAUAGGCGGGAUGGUGGCGCCGGGAGGGAGGAUGAUGGUGAACUGCGGCGGGGGCUGCGUGGAGGCGGAGGAGGAGGGGCGAGACGGCGAGGCAGUGAAGGAUGCGACGCUGCGGGCGAUGGCGGCAGCGUUCGGGGAGGGAAUGGUAGCGGUGCUGAGCGUGGAUGAAAGUUGGGUGGCGAUGACAGCGCCGGUGGCGUGGGCAUCGGAGGAGGCGGCGGCGUGGAAGGUUCGGCUGCCGCCGGAGCUGGGCCACUAUAUUGACAUGUGGAAUCCGUACAAUGGCAAUGGUGACAAAUGAAUAGAUGGGGAUUAUGCAGUGGUUCUCUAUGCAAGAAUGCAGAGUGAUUUCUGGUGGUGCAGCAUGGGUUUUCAGAGGAAGGUUCUUCUGCCCGAGAGAGCCACCAUCCAGGUGGACGACGCUGGAACUCUGCAGCCGCUGAAGAUGAAGCGGCCUCGUGAUGGUGAGGACGAAGGUGCUUCGGGGCCGCUGACGCCGACGGCGGACGGCGCAGGGACUGCGCCCCCGCGCUGCCCGCCGCCGCCGCCGAAGAAGCCGAGGCUCGUUCUGGGGUGCAGCCUGGACGGGUUCAAGGUUCUGAGCGUCAUGGACUUGCGUUGCUUCCUUCGUUGACGAG